AUUCACCCUCAUACAUCUCGGGAAGUUCCUGUGCCUGGAGCCUGGAGCCUGAUGGUGUUGCAGAUCCAAGUCACCAUGCUGCUGAUAUCCUGGGUACUGAAAGGCACUGCAGAGGGACAUCCAUGUACCUCAUAAUUGAAGAGCAGGAAGGAUGUGGCAAACAGGGAAGUGACUGAUGUACAAGGGUAUUGCAGAGCUGCUGCUGCAGAGGGCGCUGAGCCAACGGACACCGCCCGGUUUGGGUGUCUUCCUCCCUGCUCUGGAUUUUCCCGUCCAGGGAUUUCCCACUCUGCGCCAAGGAGAGCCUUUAUAAAGAGCCAGCUGGAACUCUUGUAACAAACCGUUGCAGAGCAGCAAGAUCUCACAGUGCUUCUUCACAGAAAACAGAAAGCAAACUUUUGAAUUUGCUUUCUUUAACCAGUAACAGAAAUUACAAAUGUUUAAGGCGAUGGGAAGAGCAAGCCACGCUGUGCUAUUAAUUUUGUGUGUGUUAAGGACUGUUAAAGCUUUUGAAAUGGAAAUUAUACCUGCUGAGAGAAUUGUGGCACAGAUUGGAGGCACACUCAUACUCACAUGCAAUACUACUGGCUGUGCAUCACCAAGUUUUUCCUGGAGAACCCAGAUGGACAGCCCCCUUGGAGGAAAAGUCAGCAACCACAGGACAUAUUCUACAUUGACUAUGAAUCCAGUUGGCAUUGCGAAUUCUCAUUCUUAUCUUUGUACUGUCAUAUGUGAGAGAGGGAAAAAGGAGAAGAGUGUCAAAGUUGAACUUUACUCUUUCCCCAGUGAUCCUAUCAUUGAGAUCAGCCCAUCCUUAGUUGCUGGAGAACCAGCCCCUGUCAUCUGUAGAAUUCCUGAUGUGUAUCCUUCUCAUCACCUGGAAGUUCUCCUAAAGAAAGAUGAACAUGUUCUUCAUGAGAAAGAUUUUUCGGACGAUGACAGCACAAAUACAGAGACCAAAAUUGUGAAAUAUACAUUUCAUCCCGUGGCUGAAGAUGCUGGGAAAGAGAUUACCUGUGUGGCCAGGUUACCAAUUGCUGAUAUGGAUUUUGAACCCAAAGAAAGAACAUCUUCUCAGAAACUUGAUGUAAAUUUUGGUCCACAGAAUACUGUCAUUACUGCAUCUCCAGGCAACUCACCAAUGGAAGGAGACUCUCUGAACCUCACUUGUGUGACUCAGAGUAACCCACCAGCACAAAUAGUUUGGAGUAAAUAUUUGGCUGAAGAAAGCAUUCAGCAUCUGAUAAAAAACAAUGUUCUUUUUAUUCCCCGCGUCCAUUUCAAUGAUUCAGGAAGGUACAUCUGUGAAGUAAUUAAUCUGGUAACUAAUAAAACAGAGGAAGCAACUGUGGACAUUAUUAUACAAGGUGCUCCAGUCAUUACAAAACUCACCAUUGAACCUUCUACAACCGUUCAGGAAGGAGAAAAUGUCUCCAUACAAUGUUCUGCUGAAAGCAAUCCUCCUCCCAAGAUUAUUUUAAGGAGAAAAUCUGACAAUGCAGACAUAGGGACUUCUAGUGCCAGGAGUAUUCUUCUUCCAUCUGUGAUGUUCCAAAAUGGAGGAGACUAUGAAUGUGUAGCAGAAAAUAAGUAUGGGACCAGUAAAAGUGAAAUCACACUUAAUGUGAAAUAUGGACCAAAGAAUACAAUGAUCACUGUUUUCCCUGCUGCUCUUAAAGAAGGAGAAACUGUGACCAUGAAAUGUACUAGUUCUGGUAAUCCAGCUCCUGUGAUCUCCUGGAAGAAAAAGAAGGCCACCGGGGAGUCUGAGAAAAUUUCUAAAAAUGCAACUAUAACUAUACAGAACUUGAAAAAUCAAGAUCUGGGGCUUUAUGAAUGUGAAGCUUAUAAUCAAUUUGGCAAGGAAGAAAAAGCUGUGGAAUUAUUUGUUCAAGUUGACCUCCAAAAUAUUAAUGUGUUAGUAUAUCCAUCAGAAAAUGUUAAAGUAGAAAAUACAUGUAGCACAUAACCCUCAGAGACGGUCCUGAAAAAAAGCCCAUCAGGAGAAAUUAUUCUGCCAUCAGUGAAUGGAAACUUUAUACUCUGCAGCGUCACCAAAAAAUAUACAAGCAUAUACAUCCUCCAUAUUUUCAGUAAGGUUGGAACAACAUUACAGAGAUUGAGAUAGCUGUUGUAAGUAGCUGGCAAGAUUAGAAGAACCAGAUCAGAUGAUCCCAUUGAUUAUUGCAUUCUCAUCUGUAGCAGCAGUAGCAGUACCUGCAGUUGCAAUUUUGAUCUACGUGUCAAGACAAGCAAAGAUCAAUGGAUCCUACAGUCUUGUAAAAGCACUCAGGUUGAAAGUUUGAUCAUGUGAAUAUAAGUGUUUAGUUGAUAAUUAAGCACUUUUAUUUAUUGCUGUGACUGGUUCUACUCUUCUGUAACAUAUGGUAACAAACAAGUGACUUAAGAACAGCACCAUGUGAUAGCA